GUCAAGAGAGUCAAGGAGGCUUCACAGAACAGAAGUGCUUCACAUGGUGUAAAUAAAGACAAGAAUAUAAGGAAAUAGACAGUGUAUGUAUUAAUGACUUAUUUCCUUAUAUAAUCAUUGGGUACUCUUCAGUAGCUCUCAGGGAGGAGGGAAAUUUAAAUUACUGAGUGAAAAACAAUGAAAGUGAAAGUGUAUCUGCAGCUCUGCCAGGAGGGAGGAGAGCACAUUCAGCAGAGUGAAGCCUGCGUGAGAGAGAACGGAUGUGUGAAUUACAAACGAUUGAAGGAUUUUAACUCAACUCUAUUUUCUACUGGGAAAUUCUACUCUGGUUUGUGACUUGUUGACUGGAUUUAAAGGCUUGAAGUGAGGGUCCUUUUUGUCCAGUGUUGCUGUCAAGCUCAAUAUAUUUGAAUUAUUGGAUCUGGGGCCUUGGAGGACCUUAUAAGUCAGUGUGGAGAGAGACUGCCUUAAAGCCUACUGUGGGCCCUAGAAAAGGUGAUGGACAGCCCUCGUGUCAAAGGCAAACCUAUGUAGAAAACACUAUGGGACUUUAACAAGGAGACUUCGCUGCAACUGUAGCAUAGUGAAAAAGACAAGGAGUUGGAAAUAAUAUGUAACAAAGGAACAGGAUGCAACCACUGCAUCCAUCUUAGAGCAGAUAACAUGUCAAACUGCCUCUAAAAUCAGCAUGUCUCAGGAGCCGGGCGAGGCCACAUCAACUGACAAAUGGCUUGAGACAGAAAGAUCAGUCUCUCCUACACCCGACAAUGUUUCCGUUAAAAGUGACUGGUCCAAGGGUGAACCUCCCAGCUUCAGUCAAGGACAACCAGGACGGCUUGAGCCAGAAAGAUCAGUCUCUCCUGCACCCAGCAAUGUUUCCAUGAAAAGUGACUGGUCCAAAGGUGAACCUCCCAGCUUCAGUAAAGGACAACCAGGACGGCUUGAGCACACAAGAUCAGUCUCUCCUGCACCCGACAAUGUUUCCGUGAAAAGUGACUGGUCUAAGGGUGAACCUCCCAGCUUCAGUAAAGGAGAACCAGGAUGGCUUGAGACAGAAAGAUCAGUCUCUCCUGCACCCGACAAUGUUUCCGUGAAAAGUGACUGGUCCAAGGGUGAACCUCCCAGCUUCAGUAAAGGAGAACCAAGAUGGCUUGAGACAGAAAGAUCAGUCUCUCCUGCACCCAGCAAUAUUUCCGUGAAAAGUGACUGGUCCAAGGGUGAACCUCCCAGCUUCAGGAAAGGACAACCAGGACGGCUUGAGACAGAAAGAUCAGUCUCUCCUGCACCCGACAAUGUUUCCAUGAAAAGUGACUGGUCCAAGGGUGAACCUCCCAGCUUCAGUAAAGGACAACCAGGACGGCUUGAGCACACAAGACCAGUCUCUCCUGCACCCGACAAUGUUUCCGUGAAAAGUGACUGGUCCAAGGGUGAACCUCCCAGCUUCAGUCAAGGAGAACCAGGAUGGCUUGAGACAGAAAGAUCAGUCUCUCCUGCACCCGACAAUGUUUCCGUGAAAAGUGACUGGUCCAAGGGUGAACCUCCCAGCUUCAGUAAAGGAGAACCAAGAUGGCUUGAGACAGAAAGAUCAGUCUCUCCUGCACCCGACAAUGUUUCCGUGAAAAGUGACUGGUCCAAGGGUGAACCUCCCAGCUUCAGGAAAGGACAACCAGGAUGGCUUGAGACAGAAAGAUCAGUCUCUCCUGCACCCGACAAUGUUUCCGUUAAAAGUGACUGGUCCAAGGGUGAACCUCCCAGCUUCAGUAAAGAACAACCAGGACGGCUUGAGCACACAAGAUCAGUCUCUCCUGCACCCGACAAUGUUUCCAUAAAAAGUGACUGGUCCAAGGGUGAACCUCCCAGCUUCAGUAAAGGACAACCAGGACGGCUUGAGACAGAAAGACCAGUCUCUCCUGCACCCGACAAUGUUUCCGUUAAAAGUGACUGGUCCAAGGGUGAACCUCCCAGCUUCAGUAAAGGACAACCAGGAUGGCUUGAGCAACAAAGAUCAGUCUCUCCUGCACCCAGCAAUGUUUCCGUUAAAAGUGACUGGUCCAAGGGUGAACCUCCCAGCUUCAGUAAAGGAGAACCAGGACUGCUUGAGCCAGAAAGACCAGUCCCUCCUGCACCCGGCAAUGUUUCCGUGAAAAGUGACUGGUCCAAGGGUGAACCUCCCAGCUUCAGUAAAGGACAACCAGUAUGGCCUGAAAACACAAGACCAGUCUCUCCUGCAGCCGACAAUGUUUCCGUGAAAAGUGACAGGUCCAAGGAUAAACCUCACAGCUUCAGUAAAGAACAACCAGGCCCGCCAGUCUCUUCUGCACCCAGCAACAUACCCCAGGAUGAUCCUCUCAACUUCCUGCCUGAGACAAGUGGAAUGAAAACUGGCCUGGAUGGGCAAAAACACAGCAAAGGGAAAGAUGUCAAACACAAACUCACAGAGGACCUGAAGAAGAGAAUCCGCAGUCAGCAUGAAGACAAACUGAAAAGUCAUGAAACUGACACAGAAAUCUACGAGAUACCAUAUGUCCCAAGCGAGAACGCUAAACCACAAACCUUUGAUGCAUUAUUUCUUAAUUCAAAGGAAAAGAAAGUGAGAACAGUGCUAAUGAAGGGAGUGGCUGGUGUUGGUAAAACAUUUCAAAAAAGGUUGUUCAUGGUAGACUGGGCCAAAGACAAAUCCAACAAAAAGAUAGACUUGAUGGUGUCAUUUAAUUUCAGUGAGCUUAACUCAAGAAGAGACAAAGUUCAAAGCAUGAAAGAUCUGCUUCGUCAUUCCCUCAAUGACGAUAAAAACAGUUCUUACAAGUAUGACGAGUGUAAAGUAGUGUUUGUCCUUGACGGCUUGGAAGAAUGUAAACUUCCUCUGGAUUUUGCGAAGAACAAGGACCUGACUGAUAUGGAAGAGCCAGCCUCGGUGGAUGUGCUGCUAACAAACCUCAUCAAGGGCAAACUGCUUCCCUCUGCUUCCCUCUGGAUCAUCUCUCGACCUUCAGGAGUCGAUAAGAUCCCUCCUGAAUACAUUCACAAAGAGACAGAAUGUCGAGAAACCUCGAAGCGAUGGCAGAAGAUGGCGUCAGCCCUGAGAGAAAGAUUUCUUGGAGAAGCCACUCAAGAUGAAGACAAAAAUCAUCCUAACCAGAAAAACACAGAACACAUCAUGAGAGAGGACAGAAGUGGCGAAGUCAAUGAUGAAGAGAAAAAUGGACACACUGCGGUGAAAUCAUUGACACGAGUGACUGCCGUAUCUGAGAUCUUCAAAGAUACAAAAGGACAAAAGAUCAGAACUGUGCUGACUACCGGAGGAGCUGGAAGUGGAAAAUCCUUCCAUGUGCAGCAAUUCAUAAAAGAGUGGGCUAAGAAGAAGUCCGUUUUGACUAGGUUUAUAACUGGACCAAAGGCAAUGUUCUCCGGCAAAGCUGAUGAAGUUAUAUUUCCACUUAACUUCUCUGAUCUUAAUUUGAUAAAAGAGAAAGUCAGUUUGAUGGGACUUCUUAAUCAUUUCUUCAAGGAAACUGAGACAUUUGUGAUCUCUAACUUUGAACAGUUCAACGUUUUAUUUGUCUUGGAUGGUUUGGAUGCUUAUCAACCUCCUCUUGACUUUGACAACAACGACACCUUGACUGAUGUCAGUGUGCCAGCUUCAGUGGAUGUGCUACUGACCAGCCUCAUCAGAGGAACCCUGCUUCCUUCUGCCCGGCUCUGGAUAACCUCACGACUGAAGCUGCCUGAUGCACGUGUCGACAGGACGACAGAAAUACGAUAUGUCAAACACAAACUCACAGCAGACCUGAAGAAGAGAAUCCUCAGUCAGCAUGAAGACAAACUGAAAAGUCAUGAAACUGACACAGAAAUCUACGAGAUACCAUCUGUCCCAAGCGAGAACGCUAAACCACAAACCUUUGAUGCAUUAUUUCCUAAUUCAGAGGAAAAGAAAGUGAGAACAGUGCUAAUGAGGGGAGUGGCUGGUGUUGGUAAAACAUUUCAAAAAAGUUUGUUCCUGGAAGACUGGGCCAAAGACAAAUCCAACAAAAAGAUAGACUUGAUAGUGUCAUUUAACUUCCAUGAGCUGAACUCAAGAGACGAAGUUCAAAGCGUGAAUGAUCUGAUUCAUCAUUCCUUCAAUGACGAUAAAGACAGUUCUUACAAGUAUGACGAGUGUAAAGUAGUGUUUGUCCUUGACGGCUUGGAAGAAUGUGAACUUCCUCUGGAUUUUGCGAAGAACGAGGACCUGACUGAUAUGGAAGAGCCAGCCUCGAUGGAUGUGCUGCUAACAAACCUCAUCAAGGGCAAACUGCUUCCCUCUGCUUCCCUCUGGAUCAUCGCUCGACCUUCAGGAGUCGAUAAGAUCCCUCCUGAAUACAUUCACAAAGAGACAGGAUGUCGAGAAACCUCGAAGCGAUGGCAGAAGCUGGCAUCAGCCCUGAGAAAAAGAUUUCUUGGAGAAGCCACACAAGAUGAAGACAUAAAUCAUCCUAACAAGGAAAACACAGAACACAUCAUAAGAGAGGAAGGAAGUGGCGAAGUCAAUGAUGAAAAGAAAAAUGGACACACUGCGGUGAAAUCAUUGGCACGAGUGAAUGCCGUAUCUGACAUCUUCAAAGAUACAAAAGGACAAAAGAUCAGAACUGUGCUGACUACCGGAGAAGCUGGAAUUGGAAAAUCCUUCCAUGUGCAGCAAUUCAUAAAAGAGUGGGCAAAAAAUGAGAAGUCACUUUUCACUUGGUUUAUAGAUGGAGCAAAGGCAAUGAUCUACGGCAAAGCUGAUGAAGUUAUAUUUCAUCUUAACUUCUCUAAGCUUAAUUUGAUAAAAGAGAAAAAAGUCAGUUUGAUGGGACUUCUUAAUCAUUUCUUAGAGGAAACUAAGCCAUUUGUGAUCUCUAACUUUGAACAGUUCAACGUUUUAUUUGUCUUGGAUGGUUUGGAUGAUCAACCUCCUCUUGACGUUGACAACAACGACACCUUGACUGAUGUCAGAGAGCCAGCUUCAGUGGAUGUGCUACUGACCAGCCUCAUCAGAGGAACCCUGCUUCCUUCUGCCCGGCUCUGGAUAACCUCGCGAAAGCUGUCUGAUGCACGCGUCGACAGGACGACAGAAAUACGAUGUAAGCCUGAUAUUGCAAGUCAUCAGACACUCAAAUCUCAGCUGAAGGAGCAGUUCACCCAUGUGCACGAGGGGAUCGAUAUGCAGAAAGCCUCCGCUCUUCUGAAUGAGAUCUACACAGAUCUCUACAUCAUCGAGGGAGAGAGGGGAGAGGUCAAUGAUCGGCAUGAGAUCAGACAAGUUCAAGACGCAAAGUUCAAACCAAUGGGACAAGAAACAUCGAUUAAAUAUUGUGACAUCUUCAAACCUGCAUCUGAAAAUAUACCCAUUAGAACUGUGCUGACGAUCGGAAUGGCAGGCAUCGGAAAGACGUUUGCUACAAAGAAGUACAUGCUGGACUGGGCUGAGGGUUCGGACAACAGGGACAUAUAUUAUAUGUUUCCACUUUCUUUCCGGGAGCUGAAUUUGAGAAAAGAGAAAGAACACAGCUUGGAGGAUCUCAUUCAUCAGUUUUGUCCGGGUAUGAAGACAUCAGAGAUAACGGACUAUGACAAGUACAGAAUCCUGAUUGUCCUGGAUGGUCUUGAUGAAUGUCGCCUCGAUCUUGACUUCAAUGAAAGUGACAAAUGGACAGAAGUGAGAGAACGAACCUCAGUGAAUGUGCUACUGAGAAACCUCAUCCAAGGAAAUCUGCUUUCUAAAGCUCAAAUCUGGAUCACCUCCCGACCUGCAGCAUCCAACCAUAUCCCUGCUGAUAAAGUUGACCGGGUUACAGAGGUGCGAGGAUUUAAUGAUGAGCAGAAGGAGGAGUACUUCAGGAAGAGAUUCGGUGAUACCGAUUUGGCUGAGAAAAUCUUGUCGCAUGUCAAGAAAUCAAUCAGCCUUUACAUCAUGUGUCACAUCCCUGUCUUCUGUUGGAUCACAGCAAAGGUUCUGGAGAACUUUGUGAACAGAAAGGAAAAAGGGAGGAUGCCCGAGACUCUGACUGACAUGUACAUACACUUCCUGGUGUUACAGUGCAGACAGGCUAAUGUGAAGUAUGGUGCAGAUGAGACAGGUGAGAACUCUGAGACAGAUUCAUGCUGGAAUACAAGGAACAAGGAAACAGUCAUGUCUCUGGGGAAACUGGCCUUCGAGGGGCUAGUAGAAGGAAACCUUCUCUUCACUGAAGAAACCUUAACAGAGUGCGGUGUUGACAUCACAAAAACUGCAGUCUUCUCGGGAUUAUUCACUCAGAUCAAACGAGAAGGCAGCGGGCUGUACCCACAUAAACUGUUCUGCUUUGUCCAUCUGAGCAUUCAAGAGUUCCUGGCAGCUUUCUAUGUCUUUCACACAUUCAACAACACAGGUGCAAAUCUGCUUGCCAUGCCUGCUCCAACUGUCGGAGAGUUGCCUGCUCCAACUGUCGGAGAGUUGCCUGCUCCAACUGUCGGAGAGUUGCCUACUCCAACUGUCGGAGAGUUGCCUGCUCCAACUGUCGGAGAGUUGCCUACUCCAACUGUCGGAGAGUUGCCUGCUCCAACUGUCGGAGACUUGCCUGCUGACUUCUACAAGACAGCAAUAGACAAGGCUUUAAAGAGCAAAAAUGGAGACUGGGAUCUGUUUCUCCGCUUCCUGCUAGGCCUCUCUCUGGAGACCAAUCAGGAAGAACUGCAAGAACUGCUGAAGAAGACAGAAGACAACAAUGAGACCAUCAACAAGGAAACAAUUGUGUACAUCAAAGAGAAGAUUAGGGAGGAGAACAGUGAUGCUGAUAGAAACUGCAAUCUUUUCUACUGUCUGAAUGAGCUGAAGGACCACUCUCUUGUGGAAGAAGUGAAAGAUUACCUGAAGUCAGAAACACUCUCAUUUGAAAGCUUCUCCACCUCCAUGUGGUCAGCUCUGACUUUUGUGCUGCUGACAUCAUAUGAGAAGCUUGGUGUGUUUGACCUGAAAAAGUACCUGAAAUCAGAGAAAGUUCUUCUAGGAAUGUUGCCGGUGGUCAAAGUCUCCAAAACUGCUUUGCUGAGUUGGUGUGAGCUGUCUGAGGACUCCUGCAGCGGUCUGUCGUCCUCAGUUCUCUGCUCCGUAUCCAGUAAUCUGACAGAGCUGGACCUGAGUCACAAUGACCUGCUGGAUGCAGGUGUGCAGAUGCUUGCUGAAGGCCUACAGAGUCUACACUGUAAACUGGAAAUUCUCAAGCUGUCAGGUUGUCAGGUGACAGAGAAAGGCUGCUCCUUCCUGGCCUCAGCUCUCACAUCCAAAACGGCCUCCUCCCUCAAACAGCUGGAUCUGAGUUUCAAUCAUCCAGGACCUGAAGGAGAGACGAUGCUCUCUGCUAUAGCUGCCGAUCCUAAUACAAACCUGAAGACACUCUGUUUGGACCACUGUGGAGCGCAUCGGUUAAAGCCAGGGCUGAAAAAGUAUGGUGCAGAUCUGAGGCUUGAUGAAAACACAGCAAGCAAGAGGCUUGCUCUGUCUGAUGGCAACAGGAAAGUGAAAACUGUAGAGAAGGUGGAGGAGAAGGUGCCACGACCUGAAAACAUCGACAGGUUUAAGAGGAGUCAAGUGUUUUGUGAAAAGGGCCUGAAAGGCCUUUGCUACUGGGAGGUGGAGUUGAAAGGGAAGGUCGGCAUCGCAGUGGCUUAUAGAGCAGUGGGUAGAAGAUGGGACAGAAGUGGUGGCCUGGGAUGCAACAAGAAUUCCUGGAGUCUGCUCUGUUCGAGGACAGGAUACACUGCCAUUCAUGAGAACACAUAUAUAUAUAUAGAUAUUGAGCUCGACGACGGGAAGACAUCCGAAGUUAAGACCAAGGACGGGAAGACAUCCGAAGUUAAGCUCAACGACGGGAAGACAUCCGAAGUUAAGACCAACAACGGGAAGACAUCCGAAGUUAAGCCUAACGACGGGAAGACAUCCGAAGUUAAGCCCAAGGAUGGGAAGACAUCCGAAGUUAAGCCCAAGGACGGGAAGACAUCCGAAGUUAAGCCUAACGACGGGAAGACGUCCAAAGUUAAGCCCAAGGAUGGGAAGACAUCCGAAGUUAAGCCCAAGGAUGGGAAGACAUCCGAAGUUAAGCCCAAGGACGGGAAGACAUCCGAAGUUAAGACCAAGGAUGGGAAGACAUCCGAAGUUAAGCCCAAGGACGGGAAGACAUCCGAAGUUAAGACCAACAACGGGAAGACAUCCGAAGUUAAGCCUAACGACGGGAAGACAUCCGAAGUUAAGCCCAAGGGCAGGAAGACAUCCGAAGUUAAGCCCAACAACGGGAAGACAUCCGAAGUUAAGCCCAAGGACGGGAAGACAUCCGAAGUUAAGCCCAAGGGCAGGAAGACAUCCGAAGUUAAGCCCAACUACGGGAAGACAUCCGAAGUUAAGCCCAAGGACGGGAAGACAUCCGAAGUUAAGCCCAAGGGCAGGAAGACAUCCGAAGUUAAGACCAAGGAUGGGAAGACAUCCGAAGUUAAGCCCAAGGACGGGAAGACAUCCGAAGUUAAGACCAACGACGGGAAGACAUCCGAAGUUAAGCCUAACGACGGGAAGACAUCCGAAGUUAAGCCCAACAACGGGAAGACAUCCGAAGUUAAGCCCAAGGACGGGAAGACAUCCGAAGUUAAGCCCAAGGGCAGGAAGACAUCCGAAGUUAAGCCCAACAACGGGAAGACAUCCGAAGUUAAGCCCAAGGACGGGAAGACAUCCGAAGUUAAGCCCAAGGGCAGGAAGACAUCCGAAGUUAAGCCCAACAACGGGAAGACAUCCCAAGAUCUUAAGCUCAACGACGGGAAGACAUUAAAAGAUUUUAAGCCCAACAAAAGAGUGCCCCUUUGCAAAAAAAUAGCAGUGUUUCUGGACUGGGAAGCCGGUACUCUGACUUAUUACGGUGUCAUAUCAGAAAAACUGAUCCACAUACACACCUUCCAUGCCAAAUUCACAGAACCUCUCUUCCCAUGCUUCUGGUUUCAGAAGGGCUCUGUGACUUUGUGUGAGAUAGACUGAACCCCUCUGAAAUGGAGAAAAGUAGUCUGGCCAUUGGGCCAGAGCAGAUUGGCCCAGAGUGCCAGGCUAGUGUUAAAAAUGCAAAAUGAAAUGUGUCAAUCAAAGUGACACCCUGAUUGGCCCAGAGGGGAAAUGCACCAAGCUGCUCUCAGUUCUUCAUCAGGAGCCAGUCCCCACACCCUGCACAACAGGGGAUCUGAAUAACCCUCCAACCAACUCAGAGGAACUGUGAAAGUCAGCUAAAAUGAAUUGGGAAAAAGGGAAAUGACAGCAAGCACUAAAGAAUGAGGGACUGUGUUACGGUCUCAGAGUGACCGUUCGUUAUUGUUGUUGUUAUUGUUGUAUAUUGCUGUGCUGCGCUCUCCCUUUUGCUCUUUUCUUUUGGUGCGCUCCGCUGUCCCUCCGCUCCGAGAUGACGUCACGUCUGGGGGAUCCCCUUCAGGGCGACGCCUCCGGGCCGCCCUCAGGUGAAUGCCCUCGGAUCACCAGCCUGCUGUGCCGUGUGUCAAGUUUUAAAAGCCAGCUGUGACUAGGCUAUGGCGGGCAGUGAUUACCAUUGAUCUGUCCCCCGUGCCUCUCGAUUGUUUCUGUGAAUUGUUAACUAGAAUACUGUGUAGCCUACAGGUCCAACUGGAGUCAGUGGACUUUAGAUUGUUUAAGUUAACUUUUAAAUAGAUAAUUCAUUCGACACAGUCUUACACAAAAAUAUAUCUUAUAUUGUAUAUAUUCUUAAUAUAUAUAUUCUUAAUAUGCCCUUGUACAAAGUAUUUCCUUUUAUAAUUGUAAUGUAAAUGUAAUAUAACUUACAACUGGCGUGACAAUAAACAUCUUGAAUCUUGAGUCUUGAAUCUUGAAAGUUAACUAUUCUGAGGUACUCGUUUGUGUUUAUUUGUCCUUUUGAGUAGAGCAGUUGUUUAGUUGUCUGUUUGUUAGGGAUUAUUCAGGGCUAGGGUGUGUGCCUUUGUUUUCUCCUUUUCGGCCACCCGAAACCCUCGUUUUUGGUUGUUAUAAUUCAAACCAUUGUACGCUUUUUUUUCUUUUAAUUUCAGUCACGGCAAUAAAACAAGUGAUUGCCUGAUAACACCGGCUGUAUGUUACUUCCUUUACCCCUACACCACCUCUGGGUUGUAACAGACUGCUACAGAGUAUGUAAUGUGUUUGUGCCUUCAAAGCAUCAAAUUGAUUCAAUAUUGGCAUAUAAUAAAUUUUAACUACCA